GUCGAGACGUGCGCGCACUUCUCGGCACGUUGAACUCACCAGCGAGGUCGUCUUGCGACUCCCCCGAAGAACUCUUGUGCGGGAUUCCAUUGAGGUGGAUUGUGUGACUUCACGUGACGCUGGAGCAGCCAGAGUAUCUUCUGGACGUCCCACAGUUCAGUCGCGUGUGCUGUCCAUUAGAGUGACGAGUGUGAGAGGCAAUAUUUGGCCAUCGUGCAGACACCCCCGCGGUGGAUUAAUUUAGGGCCAGAGUGCCGGAAGAGGUGUCCAUAAAGUGUAUUGUGACCGAAAAUGCCAAAUGUUUGUGCUGUGCAAAUGGGUGAAAUUGUGUCACACGAGUGAUUAAUAAUCCAGUGCUGAGAGAGACUCACGCAAGAGGCCUAUUUCCAAGGCAGCUGCACACGAAUUCCAGCUUCUGUGUGCGAACAGCGACUUCUUGUGCACCCCGAAUGCCAAGAAGUGAAAUUUGCAAAUUGUGUGAUUGUGUGAGGCGUGCAGAAAUACCGGCCAAGAGGUCUCAGAUGCAAGGGGAUCAGGAUAUUGAACUCGGGCACUCGUUUCUUCCACCACAGUGUAUGUGUGUUUGAAAUCUUGAGCACAAGAACGAGUUUCUGGCGGUUGGGAGCAUCUCAUGAGAGAGAUCAACAUUCAGCGAAAACAGUGAAGAAAGAAGUGCUGAUCAACUGUCAAAUCUCAAUAAGGUUUCCAUUGUUCGACGAUUGCUGCGGAGCCGUGGAGCGGAAGAGGCGACCAGCAGCAAGAAGUGGCAAAUCUGCAGGAAGCGCGGGGAUGCUGUGAAGUGCAUUGCGGGAUGUGAGUCAUCCAAGGGGCGCGGUGCAUCGCGACGAGAGGCGGAGAAUGUGGGUGGGUGGCAGGAGUGCCACUUGCAGAAGCAUCACAGCCAGUCAACAGGACGACAAAUACUCCUCGGGAGUAAGCACAAAAGGCGGAUUUACAGAUGCAUCAAGCGACUGUUGAGGAGACAAUUUAGAGAGCGAUUAGCUGAGAACGACCAAGUUACUUAUAUCGAGGUUGCUAACAACAUCAAAAUAAUCAACAAUAAUUUACGAGGCGCGCCGGCGACUCCGUCCAGGACCCGCGCGUUGAACGGCAACGGGAGCGCGGCAGGCGGCGCCAUGCAGGACGUGCGAGUGCGCCUGGAGCGGCCGACGCACGGCUCGCCGCUGCACGCGGUGCAGCAGCGCCCGGCGCACCUGUUCCAGAAGGCCGGCGUCACACUCACGUGCGACGAGAACGUGAACAUCACGGCCAUCCGAUCGCCCAGCUCGGAGGAGGACAACUCGCCGACGGAGAUGAACAACUGCCGGCGCCUGGUGGAGAAGCCGCCGCUCGUGAAGCGGCUCACGAUGGGUCUGCUGCGCGCCACGGAAGAGAGCCGACCGCUGGUGAGGAACGCCGGCUCAUCGAUCACGUCUGGAUCCACGCACACGAUCUGCGAUGGAUACGUGAACGAGGGCAUUUGUGAUCCGGAGCGCAUCAUCUCGAGCAAAUUCGGCGACUCGUGCAGGAAGAGUCUCAUGUCCAUGACGAUGGACACGCGAGCGGACAGUCACCAUGAGUUCAGCUUCAAGAAGAACUUCCUGCGAGAGACGAGCAGUGCCAACUCCAGCCCCAAAAUAUUUGGUCCGUCGCUGCGAUCGGACCACUUGAGCCUGGCAGAGCAGAAUGAACUGAAGGGCGCCGCGUGGUUUCAGGCGGGAAUCCCGCGGGAAAUCUCGCUCGAGGUGCUGUCGAGACAGAGUCCAGGCGCCUUCCUCGUGCGACAGAGUAGCAGCAAACCGGGAUGCUUCGCUCUCUCGCUGAGAGUUCCUCCGCCGGCGCCCAAAGUCGCCCACUAUUUAAUCCUCAAGACGCCGCGAGGGUACAAAAUCAAGGGUUUCACCAAGGAAUUCUCCUCCCUUCGUGCUCUAAUAACUCAUCAUUCUGUGAUGCCGGAACUCCUCCCGGUUCCACUCUCGCUGCCGCGGCCGCAGAACAUGGCUCCGCCGCGGCGGGACUUGGAUGACUUCGACACUUAUGGAUCUCUCAAUGAUUUUCGCAAAAUGAUGGCCGAUCUGAACGUCUGAGGACUCGCUAAGAUGAUGUGGAAGCCGAAACAUGUGCCGUGAAUUGUGAAAAGAUGAUAAAUUCACAAAGAGAAUAUUUUAAAAUGGACUCAAAUAUUGAUGAGCAAAAUGAGGAAGAAAAAAAGUGGGAGUAAUUUUUAAACGAGAUAAAAUUGUGUGAAAAAUAUAUAUUUCGAAAUGUAGAAAACAAUAUAUAGUAAUAUAAUAUUAGAAGUACAUAUUAUCUUAUAUGUGUUGAAAUGUAACGUUUUAUAAAGAUGAGAUUUGAGGAGCACUCGUGUAACCAAUUGAAUGAUGAUAAAUAUCCAAAUUUAAAUUAUACGAAAAGUGACUUAAGACGAAUAUAUAGUGAGAGAUUUAAUGUCCUUUUAGGCAACGGAAAAGACACAUGAAAUUAAUUGAGGGGAGUGAAAAAUAUAUCAACGGAAAAAUGUUAUUUCUCAUUUGUCACACAGUAAAUGGAAAAAAUCUAAUAGCGCAAUGUAAAAUCUAUCCAAUAUCACAGACGGAAGGAAAACUCAAUAGAAAACCGUAUAUAUUGCUGUAUUGUGAACAAAUCUCCCUUUUAUAUUAAAGAAAAAAAAAUCUUAAUAACUUCCUUGACUUUAAUGUAAUGAGACAAUUUUUUUGUUAAGAUAAUCUUUUACUAGUCACAAUAAAGAACAUCUGGUUAUGUGACGGUGUUUUAUUAGAGUCAAAAUUCUCGUUUAGACACCUUCAGAUGAGUAAAGCAAGUGAGUCACAGAAGGAAACAAGGGGAAAAGUUAUUCACUUUCACAGAAUCUUUAUUGUCAAACCACUUUUUUAUAGUAUCUUUCCUACUCAAUGAUAUGCAAGGAAAUUCCUAAUACUGAAUUACACUUUGCAGCAAUGGUACAUUUUUUAUUUCAUUCAACCACCUAAACUUAAAUCCAUUCACCUCACAACAAAUUAA